AUGCCCCGAUGGGGAAGACCACCGGGGGCACGAAUGGGGAGACACAACCGGGGAGGACGUGCGCAGUGGGGCGAGUCGAGGCGAGUGGAGGAGAUUGAGAGCGAGGAGGAGGAUGAAGAUGCGUAUGGGCAUGAGCUGGUGCGGAAGGCUCGCGCAGGGUAUAUGCGACAGCUGGAGUAUGACAGUCGGGGCCCGCGCAGGCGCUCGGACUAUGAUGAUAUGACCGACGAGACAGAAUCGGUGAUGGAUGGAGGGGAAUUUGACCUAUACGAUCAUGAGGAUGGCACGGUGGCCUAUGCGGUACAAUUGGCCAUGCGGGACAAGGAGGAUCAACUGGUGGAGAAGGCUUUAGAGCGCAUUCGCCGCGCCCAGAUGCUGGGAAAGAAGAAUGUGCGACUCUCACGGCGCGAGCUGGACGCGUUGGAGCGCAAGCGCCAAAAGACCGACAAUGAGAUCUCCAGUACGUCGCGUCGCAACAAGCAGACUGGCAAUGCGACCAACUCUCGUCCGGUAUCUCGACGAAAUGCGUCAGCAGUGCCCGAGCAACAAACGGGGCCUUACCCACACUUUGCCCCGGAUCCUAGCUGGGGUACUGCUGCGCAUGGCCGACCUUCGAGCUCGUCGUCUGCGCGUCCACGAACCCCGACGAUGCAAUCGUUACGGCCUCAGCAGUCCAACUCUCCGCUCCGUCCAACGUAUCCACAAUUUUCUAAUCCUCCCCCCAAUGCUCGUCCACAAUCGAUGCAACAGCCAAUGUAUUCCCGGCCCUUGCCGGACGACCCUCAAUGGGCGCCGCCAUAUUAUAACGCCAUGCCGAUGAGCCCUUAUGGGACUGAACCACCUUACCAGCCGCAGUUGCCCACUGAUCUUCGAGCCGGGCCUCAAAGUCGAAUGAGCUAUCCCGCGGGGAUGUCACCGAUCCAAGCCCAACACCGACAGUCUCCUCCGGAGGGUCGCCAUUCGAUGGGUGCCUCGCAGCCGCGAGGUGGUCGACGUGCCCAACCUGAGUCAGAGUCGGAGAUGUCCAGCUCAGAGGGAGAGGAGACUGAAAGCAGUGAGGAGGAGGACGAUGAGGAUGAGUUGCAAAUUGUCAAAGUGGUGCAACGUCCGGCUUCAUCGGGAGUACAAAGGCGCACUGUCUCUGGCGGUAGUCGAGGCAGUCGAGGGAGUGGCGGUGGUCGCGCGCGAAAAAGUCGAUGA